AUGGCAGACGACACCACCGACAGUGGUCCUCCAACGACCGUGAAUUCUCCUGUCUUCAGACUCAUGAAUCUGCCGAACGAACUGAUUAGGAAGAUCUGCGAUGAUCGCGGAUUCCGAGCCAAAGAUCUCCAGGCGCUUCGACUCACAAACAAACACAUAUGCCACUAUGUCACAGACCGAUUUGCCAGAAAAUGCUUCCGCGAGAUCACGGUCUUGAUGUCGCAUUCUUCCCUACUAGCGUUCUGUGAGCUAUCGCAUCAUCCCUUCUUUGGACUAGUAGUGGAGACAAUCAACAUCUCCCUUAUGUUCGUUCUACGUGAAGGCAUCGAGGUCCUCCCUACACCUACAACACAUGAAGUGAUUGAUCUAGGCCAGCCCGCACACCGUACCAGAUCUCUACAGUAUGCGAGAACCUUCCUAAACCCAUUGUGCGAGGAGCGCGAGACGAAGACUUUCGGGACUGCAGAGCGAAUGCAUGCCAUGGCAUUCAAGGUAUUUGCAUACAGAGGACAGUCGAUCUCUCUACAGUUCUCGGAAAACGAGGAGUGCGCGAUUGGUGCAAGACACCUCCUCUACGACGAAGAUUAUGGAAGGAAAAUCUUCUGGCAUCUGGACUGGCAGACAACAGUUGAAAGAACCAUAAGAGCAGCCUCCAAUCAAGGCUGCAAGAUCGAUGGACUCUUGUUCAGUGAUACCAACCGCGCAGACUCUGUCAAUGGCACAAGUCUUUGCCUUGACGACAUCGGGAGACAGUUGGGCGUUGUGUGCUCACAGUUGAGAAAGCUUGACAUUGCAUUCGGAGAAACAGAUCCUGCGACCACCAUAAGAUCCGUCAGGCGUAUGGUGUUGGCAGCCCAUAANCUUGAAAGUCUUGCAUUGCACGAGCUGAGCGAGUACGAUGACAGAUACCAACUUCUGCACCUUCUGGAGAUAUUGCUAUGCGUCACUUCACCAAAUUUGCAGUGCAUUCACCUCAGAUGUUUCCAAAUGCCGAAAUUGGAACUAGACACGUUCCUCGGUAGAUACAGUGGAACUCUGAAAGAGCUCAAAUUAAUGGAGCUAUGCAUCUUUACGGAGAACUGCAUGUCGCUAGUAGCUUGGAUCAAAGACAACUUGCCUGGUCUCUUACACUUCUACCUUGACGAGUUUUGUAUCCACAGCCCGCAGACAUCGUGCUGCCAUGAGGACGACUACAGUGACGAAUAUUUGAUCGACUACGGCGAGGAUAUGCAAGCCCGCCCUGCCGAAAUACUUGACGAACAGUCAACUAUUGCCAACAGGGUUGAGGAAAUCGAAGAUUGA